CUUGUAGCAUUUUCUGUUGUUCUCAUAAUGUUUUCAUGUUAUGGUUUCUGGAAGAAGAAAUCCAAGAAAGAAAACAAGAGAAUUACACUUAGCCAAAAAGUGAGUGUUUUAUCAACUGAGAUCAAAGACAUAAGAGUUGAUCAUAAUUCAGCUAAUACUCUUAAAGGCCAAGAUGAUAAGUCCAAUACUUUAUGGGACAAAUUCAGUGAAAAAGAUAAGGAUUCAUACAAGAUUUCAGAAAGAACGAGCGUUGAAAAGAAUAAUUUUGUUGAUAAUAGUAGUCGGUUAGAAUCAUUUAAUCAAGAAGAGAUGGAUAAUCUUUAUAGAUCAUCUUCACACCCUAUGAGUGGGACGUCUCCUUUAUCUGGUUUGCCUGAGUUUUCUCAUCUUGGUUGGGGUCAUUGGUUUACGUUAAGGGAUCUUGAAGUAGCCACAAACAAAUUUUCCAAGGACAACAUUAUUGGUGAAGGUGGUUAUGGAAUAGUAUAUCGUGGUCAUCUUGUUAAUGGCUCUCAAGUGGCAGUCAAAAAAAUACUCAACAAUGUAGGACAAGCAGAGAAGGAAUUCAGGGUAGAAGUUGAAGCAAUUGGUCAUGUUCGGCACAAAAACUUAGUUAGGCUUCUUGGUUAUUGUAUCGAAGGAACACAUAGGAUGUUGGUUUAUGAGUAUGUGAACAAUGGUAACUUAGAGCAAUGGUUACAUGGAGCUAUGCGAGAGCAUGGUUAUCUUACUUGGGAAGCUCGCAUGAAAGUUAUCAUGGGUACUGCUAAGGCGCUUUCAUACUUGCACGAGGCUAUUGAGCCAAAAGUGGUGCACCGAGAUAUCAAAGCUAGUAAUAUACUGAUAGAUGGUGAAUUUAAUGCUAAGCUAUCUGACUUUGGACUGGCUAAGUUAUUAGGUGCUGGGAAGAGUCAUAUUACAACCAGAGUAAUGGGCACGUUUGGAUACGUAGCUCCAGAAUAUGCAAACACAGGGCUUUUGAAUGAAAAGAGCGAUGUUUAUAGUUUUGGAGUUUUGCUCUUGGAAGCAAUCACGGGAAGGGAUCCUGUAGAUUAUGGUCGUCCAGCAGAAGAGGUAAACCUGGUUGAUUGGUUGAAAACUAUGGUUGGAAAUAGGCAGUCAGAAGAGGUUGUGGACCCUGACAUUACUACGAAGCCAUCUAGAAGUGCACUUAAACGGGCUCUUUUAACAGCUUUGAGGUGUGUGGAUCCUCAUUCAAACAAGAGACCAACCAUGGGAGAAGUUGUUCGCAUGCUUGAAUCCGACGAGUACCAGUUAACUAGAGAGGGGAAAAGACGGCUCAGGAGUCAAAGUAGUGUCGCCGAACCUGUGAACUCUGAUGCCAAAAAGGUUAUUGAAUGAAAACUAUCAUUGGCGGGCUCUUGGACAUAGACAUACAUGGACUCGUGUUAUUCUAUGAAUGCAGUGGCUUUUCGUGUGCCAUUGUGAGUUGAAGCUAGCAGAGGAUGAACUACCAUACGAAACAAAAGUAAUUUUCAUUGAUUGUUUGUGAUUUUAAUUUUAGUGUAGAUUUUGAUGUACAUACAUACAUAUAUAUGGCCGGUGUGAAUGUGAUCAAUAAAUCAAUACUACCUUUACCACAAA